AUCCCAAAUAUCUACGUACCACCACCAUAUACGACACCAGCCCCCACUCUCUCUCUCUCUCUCUCUCUAAGCUAAAAGCAAAUCCAAAGAGAAAAGAGAAACCUUUUUUUUUUUUCUCUCCUCUUUUCGUUUCGCAGAUCUAAGAUCCAGAAGCAUUGCGCUUAACUAAAUCGUCAAUGCGGUGCUGACGUUUGCUGAUCUGAAGGAAUUUUUGGAUUCAUUUCCUGCGAAGAAGACAACAGUCAUGUCGAGGAGGCAGGUGGGAUCCACGCGCCGGAACGCGAACUUUCCGUUUGCCGGAGCCUUCAAUUCGAAAUCGAAGUCAUCUCCUUUGUUGUCCAUAGGGCUUGUAGUUGUGGGAGCUAUUCUUCUAAUCGGCUAUGUUUAUAAAGGCUCAGGUGCCUUUGGGGGUAGCAAAGUAGUUAGCAGAGUUGAAGGGGACUUCUCAUGCACGUCAGAAGUUCAGAGAGCGAUACCUUUUCUGCUGAAAGCGUAUAGUGGUAGCAUGCACAAAGUUCUGCACAUUGGCCCUGAUACUUGUUCAGUUGUCUCUGCGUUGUUGAAAGAAGAGGAAACUGAAGCAUGGGGAGUGGAACCAUAUGAGCUAGAGGAUGCUGAUAGCCAUUGCAAGAGUCUUGUGCGUAAAGGCAUUGUGCGUGCGGCUGACAUUAAGUUCCCUCUACCAUACAAAGCAAAGUCUUUCUCCCUUGUGAUUGUUUCAGAUGCUUUGGAUUACCUCUCCCCAAAAUAUCUGAAUAGGACUCUUCCAGAAAUUGCAAGAGUGUCUAUUGAUGGUCUUGUUAUUUUUUCAGGUUUCCCAGGUCAACAGAAAGCUAAAGUUUCUGAAUUGUCAAAAUUUGGACGUCCUGCCAAAAUGAGGAGUGCUUCCUGGUGGGUACGCUAUUUUGUUCAGACCAGCUUAGAAGAAAAUGAAGCUGCGAGCAAGAAGUUUGAGCAGGCAGCAAAAAAGGGGUCGUACCAGCCAAGCUGUCAAGUGUUUCACCUUAACUCAUAUCACUAAUAUAAAGAUCACAACACGUUGAUUCAUAAAUUUUGGUACCGCAACAAGGCUGCCAAAGAGAAAAAAUUUGUUAGCCGUCAUAUGAAAGCAGGUUAUUUGUCUAGCUGUCUUAUGGGUUAUUUAAGGUAUAAGAUAUAUUAAAGGAUGUCAACUUCUGUUGUGAACGGUCAUUGAUGGAAUAUAGGGUGAUUUGUAUGCUGAUUCGAUUGCAUUUGUAUUCUGUUUGAUAUAGUUAUUGUAAUUUGUAUUCAUGAAUUUAAUUCUACUUGCUGCUUUCGUUC